AUGGAGCUUGCGACGUGGGCGAUGGAUGCGCACCUCUGGCGCGAGGGCCGCAUCGCGGUGUGGGAGCAGGCGCCGGCCGUCACUGGAUGUGCGGCUUGGCUCUGCGAUCAGGUCGAGGGGUGGGGCCCCAUGUCGCGCAUGCGCGACUUUGAUUUGACGCCCUGCUUCCAGGCCGUGGCGCUGUGGCUCGUGCCUAGCAUCGUGUUUCUUGCACUCGCGUUCCGUGCGCUAAACAAGCUGACCGAGAAGCCCGUGGAAGAGCGCGGCGAGACUUCGCUGAACCUCUUGCACGAAAAGGACGGCAUCACUUCGGUGAUUGCGCUGCUCGGCGCCGCCGAACUCGCCGUGAUGAUCGGCCUGCGUGCGCACGCCACCGACGGAUCGCUCGCGCUAACGAGCGGCGUGCAGAUUCUCGCUGGGCUCGUGACGACCCUUGCAUACGUCGUCGCGAUCCUCCUCCAGCACGCCAACCACCUGCGCGAGAGCCACUCGAGCGACUCGGCGCUUCUCUUUUGGCUCGUACACCUCUUUGCGGGCCCGAUCCGCCUCCGCACGCUCGUGCAGCUCGCGCCGAAGGCGUCGGUGAUCCAGCUGCUGAUGGUCGUGCCGUUCUGCAUGCGCCUCCUGCUGGUGCUCGUCGAGUUUGUGCUCGAGUGCCAGCCGGUCGAGGGCGACGAAGGCACGAUUGCGCUUCCGGAAGACGACGGGAUGAUUACGUUUGGGGAGGAGGCGCCUGCUGAAGAGGUGCCGCCGUUCGAUCCGCUGUACAACCCCGUGCAGUCGCCGCUCGAGACGGCGAACCUCUUUUCGCGCCUCACCUUCCACUGGAUGCAGCCGAUGAUGACGCUCGGCGCAAAGCGCUUCCUUACCGAGUCGGACAUGUGGGCGCUGCCCCACGGCGAGGACACGGAAAACCUCGGCGACGCCUUCCAGCGCAGCUGGGACAGGCUCACGGAAAAGAUCGCGAUGCAGGGCCGCACGCUCGAGGCGACGCGCCGCAUCCGUUUCUGGACCGCGCUCUUUUACUCGUACGGGCCAAUGUUUAUGCUCGCGGCCGUGUACAAGAUCGUGCAGGAUAUCUUGGCGUUUGUCCAGCCGCAGAUCCUCCGUGCUCUGCUUGCUUUUGUCGAAAACUGGCAAAAGACGGACGACCCGGCGGUGCGGGGCACGGCGCUGCGUGGCUACGUCCUUGCCUUUCUCCUCUUCCUCACGGCGGUGAUCCAGAUGGCGUCGCUGCACCAGUACUUCCAGCUCGUGAGCGUCGUCGGUAUGCGCUCGCGCGCAGGCGUCGUCAGCGCCAUCUUCCGCAAGUCGCUGCGCCUCUCGAACCAGGCGCGUGGCGAGCGUGCUACGGGUGACAUUGUCAACUUGAUGAGCGUCGACGCAAACCGCCUGCCCGACUUUGUCAUGUACGCCCACAUUCUUUGGUCGGCCGUAUUCCAAAUCACGAUCGCCUUUAUCUCGCUGUACAACCUGCUCGGCUGGUCGGCGUUUGUCGGUGUCGCGAUCAUGAUUGUCUCGGUGCCAUUGAACACGAUGCUCGCGACCUACCUGCGCACGCUCAGUGCGAAGCAAAUGAAGGUCAAGGACCGCCGCACGCAGAUCAUGAACGAAAUCAUCCUCAACAUCAAGUCGAUCAAACUGUUUGCCUGGGAGCAGGCCUUUACCGAGCGCCUCCUUGCCGUGCGCAAUGGCGAGGAGCUUCCUCUCCUUCGCAAGAUCGGUAUGGCGUCGGCCGGCUUCAACUUCUUCUGGCAGGCGAUUCCUUUCUUCGUGUCCCUCGGCACGUUUAUCGCUUUUACCUUGACGAACGACACGCCGCUCACGGCCGACAUUGUGUUCCCGGCGCUGGCGCUGUAUCAACUGCUCAACUUCCCCAUGUCGAUGCUGGCGGGUAUCGUGUCCAUGUUCCUCCAGACGCAGGUCUCGGCUGUGCGUCUCGCGUCGUUCUUUGACGCGGAGGAGCUCGACCCGAACGCACGCGAGGUCGUGACGGUGUCGGACAGCGCCGAACGCCCUACAGCGGAUUCCGUGCCCGAGUUUCCCAUCGAGCUGCACAACGCGUCGUUUGCCUGGGGCGCCGAGCAGCCUACGCCGACACUCACAGACAUUACGCUCAAGCUGCGCCGCGCCGAGCUCGUCGCGGUGCUGGGCCGCGUCGGCGACGGCAAGUCGUCGCUCCUCUCGGCGGUCCUCGGCGAGAUGGUCAAGACGGCGGGCGAGACUGUUGUGCACGGCAAGACCGCGUACUUCUCGCAGGGCGGCUGGUGCAUGGGUGCAUCGGUCCGCGACAACAUUCUGUUUGGCCGCGAGUUUAACGAGGAGCACUACCAGCAGUGCAUCUACGCGUGCGCCCUCACGCCGGAUCUCGAGCAGUUCCCUGAAGGUGACCGCACCGAGAUCGGCGAGCGUGGUGUGAGCCUGAGUGGCGGCCAGCGUGCGCGUGUUGCGCUUGCGCGUGCGUGUUACGCGGCAGCGGACAUUUACCUGCUCGACGACCCCCUUGCGGCGGUCGACGCGCACGUUGGUGCGCACAUUUGGAAGCACGUCAUCGGCCCGGAGGGUAUCCUGAAGGACCGCACGCGUAUCCUCACGCUCAAUGCCGUUUCCUACCUCUCUGGCUGCGACAAGAUCUUGUCGCUGCGUGCCGGUCGCCUGCUGGAAGAGCAAGGCACCUUUGAGGAGGUGAUGGCGAUGCGCGGCGACGUGUACAAGCUCAUCACCGGUCUUGGCCGCCAAGGCGAGAAGGAAAAGAGCGGCUCCGCGACGCCGGUCGCCAAGGCGCCGGUGCCUCAAAUGCGCCUCUUCCGCCCUCGCGAGCUCGCCAAGGACGAGGUGAAGGUCGACACGAUCCGCCAGCUGCGCGAGUCGAACAUGCCCAAGGAAAAGCAAGAGACGGGCUCGGUCAAAUGGGACGUGUACAAGCAGUACAUGCGGAGCGCGUCGGUCGUCGGCGUGAUCCUCUACUUUUCCGCGCAAGGUUUCACGCAAAUCUUUUCGCUCUCGCGCGACGUUGUGCUGAAGCAGUGGAGUGCCGCGAACGAGACGCAUCCCCGCAGCGACCAGCCCGCGCUGGCGCGUUUCUACCUGACGCUCUAUGCUGUGGCGGGUAUCACGACGUCGAUCGGUUUCUGUAUCGCACCGUUUAUCCUCUACGUGUGGCUCGUGCUGCUGAGUGCGCGCCGCUUCCACGACCGUCUCUUUAUGUCUGUGCUGCGCUACCCUCUGCAGUGGUUUGAGACGACGCCGACCGGCCGCCUGCUCAACCUGUUCAGCCGCGACAUUUCCGUGAUUGACGAGGUGCUUCCCCGUGUCAUCCAGGGCUUUGUGCGCUCGUCGAUGGUCGUGCUGAGCGUGGUGUGCGUUGUGUCGUACAGUGUGCCCUCCUUUAUCCUGUUUGUCAUUCCCUUGGCGCUGGUGUACCGCAUGGUCAUGCGCUACUACCUCGCCUCGAGCCGUGAACUGAAGCGUAUCGACGCGGUGUCAAAGUCGCCCGUCUUUACCUGGUUCCAGGAGUCGCUCGGCGGCCUGCCGACGAUCCGUGCCUACGGCCAGUCGACGACGUUUGUCGACUCAUUCGAGGCGCGCGUCGACCGCAAUCAGAUGUGCUACUUCCCCGCCAUUACGUGCAACCGCUGGCUUGCGGUGCGCAUCGAGCUGCUCGGCUCGUCGGUCAUCUUCUUUGCGAGCACCAUGGCCGUGCUCAUGGUCACGACGAGCGGCGGCAUGUCGGCCGGCCUGCUCGGUCUCAUGCUUUCGCAGGUCCUUUCCACGACCCAGACGUUGAACUGGGCCGUGCGCUCCGCAUCCGAGGUCGAGCAGAAUAUUGUGAGCGUCGAGCGUGUGAUUUCCUACUCGGAGCUUCCCACCGAGGCGCCGUUCGAGCUCCCGGGUCCGGACCGCAACACGUGGCCCUCGCACGGUGUGAUCUCGUUCGAGAACUAUGCGACGCAGUACCGUCCCGGUCUGCCGCUCACCCUCAAGGACCUCACGUUCAAGACGCGCGCUGCGGAGCGGAUUGGUGUGGUGGGCCGCACUGGUGCGGGCAAGUCGACGCUUACUCUCGCCCUCUUCCGCAUUCUCGAGGCGGCCGCGGGCAAGAUCUUUGUCGACGGUGUGGACAUUGCGACGCUCGGCCUGCACGAGCUGCGUGAAGCGCUCGCGAUCAUUCCCCAGGACGCCCAGCUCUGGCAGGGUACGCUGCGCGAGAAUCUCGACCCCCUGCACGAGUACAGCGACAAGGAGCUGCUGCGUGUGCUCGACCAUGCGCGCCUCGGACCGCUGGUCGAGAGCGACCCCCUCGGAUUGGACCAGCGCGUGUCGGAGAGCGGCUCGAACCUGUCGGCGGGCCAGCGCCAGCUGCUGUGCAUUUCGCGUGCGCUUGUGCGCCACAGCAAGGUGCUUGUGCUCGACGAGGCGACGUCCAGCGUCGAUCUCGAGACCGACGACCUUGUCCAGAAGCUCGUCCGCACCGAGUUCCACGGCACGACCAUUACGAUUGCACACCGCCUGAACACGAUCCUCGAUUCGGACCGUGUGCUUGUGCUGCAGAACGGCACGCUGGCCGAGUUUGACUCGCCACAGAAGCUGCUGCAGGACGACAAGUCGAUCUUUUACGGCAUGGCGCUCGAGGCGGGUCUGUACGAGGCGAUUGCCGAAGCGCGUGGCGAGCAGGUCAGUGCCGUGAAGGAAGAGGCCGAGGUCCAGGUGGACGAGGCCAAGGAGGCCAAGGCCACCGAAGCGCCCAAAGAGGCCAAGGCCCCCGAGCCCCAAGCGGCGGCGGCGCCCAACGCGACGCCCAAGAACGCCCCUCCCACCGACGCCAAAGGCCCCGCUGCUGCCCUCAAAGAGGACACGACGGAUGCCUCGACGGACGAUGCCAAAGACACCCCCAAUGGAGCCACGACCGAGCCCAAGUCCCAGUCCAAGAAGCGGAACAAGAACAAGGGAAAAAAGAAGUAA